AUUGGUACUGCACGCUCUCUGACCUGAAAGACACUUUCUUGGGAGCAUCCCACUGCCCAGCGCCUACAGGGUGAGCUAACCCCUAUCCGCAGAGGCUGGGCUAGCCUCACCGUCAUCACCUUGCUUAAACUAACUGGGUUGUAGAGCAGCACUGGGAACCGACCCCCGUCCCUGGGAGGCGGGGCCGCGGGGCUCCGCCUCCGAUCAGGCGUCCUGGCUCUACGAACUCCUGGAGGAGGUGGGGGCGGGCCUUCUCGCUCAUUUCUUACGCUGAUCGGCGGAAGUGCGGAGAUCGGAAGUUGCGCAAUCGGCUUGCGACGACCCGGUGCGACGCUCGGUUGGUACGUGCUUAGUGCUGGUAUGGCUUCCAGCGGAGUGACGGUGAGCGCCGCCGGGUCGGCCAGCGAGGCCUCAGAGGUUCCAGACAACGUGGGAGACUGGCUCCGCGGUGUCUUCCGCUUCGCCACCGAUCGAAACGACUUCCGGAGGAACUUGAUCCUCAAUUUGGGACUCUUUGCUGCGGGAGUCUGGCUGGCCAGGAACUUGAGUGACAUUGAUUUGAUGGCCCCUCAGCCAGGGGUGUAGCCAGGUGAGAGCAGUUCUCCUGUGUUUCCCCGUUUCUGAUGCUGUUAUCUGCUUACAGAGAAUGGAACUCCUGUGUAUUCAGACUUUCCAAAGACAGCCUACUGUCUGUGACCACAAGAUCCUACCUGAGUGGCAGCUGAAGUUGACUCCCUCUCCUUGCCUGAACCCCCCCCCACUGCCCCCCCAUCCCCCAGUGUCGGCUGAGAUGUUGCCUCUGCACGGUUCUGUGUGCAGUUCCCAACUUUCUGCAGAAGAUGGUCCUUGCCCUUGUCCUGAAGAGUAGUAAUGGUUCUUGAAAAAGAUUUCAAAUAAAGCCUGCACAUAAAAGACAGGUAUUUUAUUCUUUUAAUAAGAAACUUAUUACAAAAACAAGGUGUAAAAAGUCCGCUUACAAAAAUCAAAUAAACAUGACUUGUAUUUCA